UCCGCCGCCAUAUUGAGAAGGUCAAAAUGAAAGAAACAGCGGACUGAGCCGUGAAACUGUCCUACAUUAGCCGCCACUCACUCUUGCUUCCGGUCUUAGCUACCCAUUUCCGCUCAAUAUUUUUUAUGUUUUCGACUAUCCCUAACCCAGUUCAAAUAAUCUUAAUCUGGUUUUGAUUCCUUUCCCGCUCAAUCGCUUGUUCUUUUUGUCUUUUAACUCAUUCUGUGCUAAGGAGGCCCAAACUCAGAGGGAAUUGUGGCCAAGAUAAUGACCUUUUUUCGGGGUGGGGAGGUUUGGGAGUAACUGACACGUGGGUGCCUUAGCCACGUGGCCCUGAGGUUCACAUUUAGGGUCCCCCUUUGGAUUAUUCGGAUUUCUGCUCCACCUCCAGCUGCGUUUAGUGGAGUUUUGGCUCUCCUCGGAGUGCCUCAGAUAUGGCUCAUCAGGAGGCUACAUCCCUGGAAGAACCUAUGGUCCGGGCCCAGCGGUUCCGGUUUUCUGAGGAGCCAGAACUAGGAGGGAAAAGGGCGGUGCUGGAGGUUCACAUUCCCCAGGUUCUGCAUUUCCAACAUGGUAUGUAUAUUUGGCCUUGUGCUGUGGUAUUGGCUCAAUACCUAUGGCAUCAUAGAAGAAAUCUGACUGGCAAAACUAUUUUAGAGAUUGGAGCAGGCGUGAGUCUUCCUGGGAUAGUAGCAGCAAAAUGUGGUGCUAAGGUAAUACUGUCUGACAGCUCAGAGUUAACUCAUUGUCUGGAAAACUGUCUGCAAAGCUGCCAGAUGAAUGACCUACCCAACAUACCUAUUACUGGGCUUACCUGGGGACAGAUCUCACCUGAGUUAUUGGCUCUACCACCCUUGGAUAUCAUUCUGGCCUCUGAUGUAUUUUUUGAACCAGAAGAUUUUGAAGAUAUUUUAACUACAGUGUACUACCUAGUACAAAGGAAUCCUCAUGUUCAAUUGUGGACUACUUACCAAGUUCGAAGUGCCGAGUGUUCACUUGAAGCUUUGCUCUACAAGUGGGAGCUGCAAUGCAUCCAUAUUCCUCUGGAGUCUUUUGGUGCCGACAGAGAACAUCUAGCAGAAUCUGCCCUUCCAGGAAGACAUACUGUUGAAAUGAUGAUCAUUUCUUUGGCAAAGAAUGUCCUCUGAAGUGUUCCUAUGUCUCCAGCAAUUAAAUCCUACAUGCUUCUUUUCAACAAUA